AUGGACUCCGACCUUGACCCUUUCAGCGACGACGAGGUUGCUAGUUUUGAAGAUGAUGCUUCGGAUCUUCCAAGCAUCGACGAGGACGACAACUAUUUGGAGGAAGUUGAAAAUCCAUCCGAAGUUGAGCAAAAAAACUACGCCGUUUUGAGCGAAUCCGACGUCAAGCGGCUUCAAGAUCUCGACAUCAACGAGGUAUCGUGUGUUCUAUCGAUACCAAGAGUUUCCGCGUGCCUUCUGCUCAUCCACUACGAGUGGAGUGUGAUGAACGUGCACGAAGCGUGGUUCAAUGACGAAGAAAGAGUUCGCAAAGCCGUAGGGUUGCUAAAACAGGUUGGGUUUCCACACUCUGAAACCCUAAUGUGUGAUAUCUGCUUCGACGUCGUUUCGUGCGAUAGGGUUAAGUCAGCCGGGUGUGGUCAUUCAUAUUGCAUCGAUUGCUAUAAGCAGUAUGUGGAUACAAGCAUCAAUGGUGGCCCUGAUAAGUGCUUGAAACUUCCAUGCCCUCAACCCUCUUGCAAAGUAGCUGUGGAUGGAGACAUGGUUCGUGAACUUGCGAGUGAGUCAAAUAAGAAAAAGUACGAUCGGUUUCUGCUUCGAUCCUACGUGGAAAACAACAAGAAGAUGAAGUGGUGUCCUGGUCCGGGUUGUGAUUAUGCUGUGAGUUUUGAAUCUGACGGUGCUAGAACUAAUUCGUUUGUUACUUGUGUUUGUUAUCAUAGCUUUUGUUGGAGUUGUGGGGAAGAAGCUCAUGGCCCUGUGGAUUGUGACACUGUGAAUAAAUGGAUCGCUAAGAAUAAUUCUGAAUCUGAGAACACUUCUUGGAUUCUUGCCUAUACCAAACCCUGCCCUCGAUGCAAGAGAGCCAUUGAAAAAAACGAAGGGUGCAUGCACAUGAGAUGCAGGUGUGGGUUUGACUUCUGCUGGUAUUGUCUUCGUGGUUGGUCUACGUGUAAUGCCACAGGUUGCAACCGUUUUACUGAUGCUCCAGCUGAGAAAUUUGACGCGAAAAAGGAAGAGGAUGCGAGGAGAAAAAGGGCGAGUGGUUAUUUGGAGAGGUACACUCACUACUAUGAGCGUUGGGCUAGCAAUGAUUUUUCAAGAACAACUGCGCUUAAGCAUCUGAUUGACCUACGUAAUGUGCACAUACAUAGACUGAGUAGGUUAUAUCAAAAGUCAGAAGCUAAUUUUGAGUUCAUAAAAAGGGCGUGGCAACAGGUGAUUGAGUGUAGAAGGGCAUUGAAAUGGAGCUAUGCAUAUGGAUACUAUCUACCCGAGGGUGAAGAGGCUAAGAAGGAGUUUUUUGAGUACACACAAGGUGAGGCUGAGGCAGCAUUGGAAAGGCUUCAUCACUGUGCAGAAAAUGAACUGUGGAAGUAUCUGAAUACUGAUGAGACAGAAGAAAGUAAUGGUUUUCGUUUCAAGCUAACUACUCUAACGAAUGUGACCAAGACUUAUUUUGAGAAUCUUGUGAGGGCGUUGGAGAAUGGGUUGGUUGAUGUGCAUGUUAAAAGCCAUGCUGAGUGA